UUAAACAGAUCAUUCCAUUCUUAAAAUUUGCACUUCAUCUUAUACUGUAGAAAUGGUUAACCUAUGAAACAGUUUGGAUCUUCUAAUGUGGGGAAAAACCUGAAUCAUACAACUAAAAGAAAUCCUGAGAUAUCUUUCUGUUCAGUGUAUGUUACACAUUUGAUCAAUUUGUUGCAGAUAAAGUUUGGUUCAGUCAAAUUAGCAAAGAAAUACAUGAGAAGGGUAGCAGUGGAACUUCAAUCUAAGGGAGCAUCAGAUAAAGAUCCUGCGUUGGACUAUAUGCUACUUCAAGGAGUGAGAUUUGCUUUCAGAAUACAUCAGUUUGCAGGAGGAUUUGAUGCAGACACAAUGCAUGCAUUCGAGGAGCUUCGCAACCUAGCUUGUCCAAAAUAAAAAAGGAAAAUGCCUACAUAGGAAAAGAACAAAGGAAAAAAAAAAAAAAAAAAAGAAUAGAAAACCAGGCUUACCAUCCCAGAAAGUAUAUACUAAAUAUAUUGAUAGUUAAAGUGUUGCUUAUAGUGAAACAGACUGUAUGU